UGUGUCGACGAAGUCCUGAGCGCUCAGGAAUGAGGAUGAUGGGCAGACAGAACAACAUUAAUCUGGCGGAAUGCGGCGGCGAUGUUGGUCACCUGACCGUCUUGUCAGAGCGGAAUAGGCGCUGCCGUUUCGUGAAUCGUUCUCACCUGCCACUCCAGCCUAGCUUGCCCCGUCUGAAGUUGUUUCUGAAGACGAUAUCAGGGCUGCCUGUAUCGUCCCGACUCGCCAUGCGUGUUG